CCCUUCGACGCCGACGAACUGGAGCGUCUCUGCGCCUCCAUGACUGAUGCAGCAAACCGGCUCGCAUUCCCGCCGCCCACCACACCCGGGACAAGCCCCACAGACUUCAUCACAUACAUCGAAAGGCUCUACACUCUGGCGACUGCUUACCUCGCCACCCCGGGUAGCCACGAGGUCAAAAGCCCAAACAAGGCCGUCAUGCAGUGGCUCCGGCACAAAGAGUACGCCGGCCCCGCCUUCCAGCGGACACUCGGCAACCUCGAUGCCCAGUGGAUCGCCCAUGUCACCAAGUCCGGUCUCACCAUGAUCGACUGGGUGGCCGACCCCUUGCAGCCCGUCAGCAUCAAAGUCUCCCACUUUGGUGCCGCCCUCGACGGCGUCACGCUCGAAUCGAAGAUGCAAACCUUAGCCAAUAUUCUCGACAGCCGGCUGAACAUCAGCGACCUCCUCGGCUGGGCUGGCGACCUCAUCACCUUUUAUGUCGACUGGCAGGUUGCGGCGCGCGCGUCCAAAACAAAGCUCGCAGGUGACGAUUUCUGCCUCGAGCGGCUUGCGCAAUCAGCGUACAAAAAGAUGUUUGACACGACAGCAAAGCUGCGGGACUUUGUCGAGGACGUAGACGCGUACAACAUUGGCAUGGCGCUCAUGGCCGACCCAAAACGCACCAUUGUGCAGGAGGUGAAGGAGUUGUUCCGCCCUGCGGGGGGGUAUACGAAGCGGUUUCAGCGGUUCUGGAAAGCACGCUUGGGGGGUUCGGUCAAGACGGCGGCGGACUUGGCAAAUCAUCUGCUCUCGACGGACAGCCUGGUGGAUGGAAUUGCGUAUGCAAGGGAGCGGAUUAUUGCCGGCAAGGAGCGGAAUAGGAAGAUUUCUCCACCGAUUGUGAGGCCAGAGGCGCUGGGAGCAAGUACGAGGAUGGAGUUCUGUGAGGGUUUCGCGCAAGUGAUGGAACAGCUUGCUGCCUUUGGAUAGGAAGGGCUGCGAGGAGAAGACACUGGGCAGGGUAGGUAUCGCUAGAAUUGAUGAAUAGCAUGCUCAGUAAGCCUCAAAAGAAACGCCACAACGUGCCCAUCCCCCCCUUUUUAUCAGGCCGACAGUCUUGAUCUCUCGGCCAUGAGAUUAUUAGUAAUCCUUGCAUGUUGAGCACAGCCACAUACUCCCAGGUAUGAUUUGGAUCAAGGGAG